AUGGAGGUCCACAGUCCAACGGUUGCUUCCGAUCCCUACAAUCUGCAAAGAGCCAGCACAUACCCCGAUGUCUCAGCCAACACCACCAGCACCAAUUCCUUCCACACGGCCUCGAAGACGGUAAAGGCAAUCGGCCUGUCAAUUGGGGGUUUUUUUGGAGCACUGGCGUUCCUCGCUCUUUACGAAUUCUUGGGAUUAGGAAGACGACGACGCUAA